CGAGAGAGAUUAAGUGUGAGAGAAGGGGGGGCAGAAAGCGAGACGGAGCAGCUGAGGAGGAUCCCAGAGACCCAGUACUGAUCCCACAGCCGAGCACCGACUGCAGAAAGGACUCGGGAGAGCUGCAGCUUUGAUAGCAGCAGGGGUAGAAGAGGACCUCUGGGGUGGCACGCGCAGAUCGCUAAUACCUGUGACCAAGAGACCUGUUGAAUAGCUAUGGAGAGCUCUGUGGUCUGAGUCAACGGACAAAGCCACCGUGGUCCCGGGACACACAGUAUUGACUUCAAGGAGGAUCAUCUCAGAAGCUCAACCUGUAAGGCUUGAACGGAGUCCAAGCAAAAACGUGGUUAUUCAUGUAACGAGGGAGUGGAAAUUUUAAAAGAGAACCUGUAGUCUGUUUGUGCUGACCAUAGGCAGCUGAGCAAAGCAUCAUGACAAGCCAUAAUGCAGUAAAAUCCUUCAAGAAAUCUUCUGUCCCGGGAGUUGUUAUCACCCAGUUUGUGGAUGAUAUUCCAAAAGGAUGCAGUACACCUGACUUUGAGCAGAAACCUCUCAGUCUGACAUUGCAGGAAGGUAAAAAUGCCAUUUUCAGAGCUGUGGUCAAAGGUGUCCCGAUGCCUGAUGUGAAAUGGACGCGUAUGCAAGGAGGAAUGGAUGAUCCUGACAAAUAUGAAACAUUCUUUGAUGACGUUACAAAUGAAUUCAUUCUGCAGAUAAACAAUCUCACAACAGCUGACAGUGAUUUGUAUCGUUGCUUUGCUGUGAAUGAGUAUGGGGAAGCUGCAUGCUCUGCUGGCCUCAUGAUCAUACAAGUUCGCUUUAAAAAGAGAGCGAAAUAUGUUCCUGUUCAUCCUUCUGACGAGCUAAAGAAGAAGCUUCAGGACUUCAGGAAGAUGCUGAGGAAGCGGGCCCCAGCACCAAAACCAAAACCCAUCGACAAAGAAGCAGUCUGGCAACUGUUGCUGCAUGCAGAUAGGAGAGAUUAUGAGAAAAUCUGUAUGAAAUAUGGAAUUGCUGACUUCCGUGGGAUGCUGAGAAAGCUGCAAGAGAUAAGGAAGGACACAGAGAUUGAACAAGGGGAGUUAAUAAACAGUGUCAAAAACUUUGAACACAUCAAAGUCAACAAGGAGGGAAAAGCUACUUUCAGUCUGGAGAUUGACCUGAAAAACAGUAACAGCAAAGUUUUUCUGCUUAAGGAUGGUCAGAAGCUCAGAUAUGGAACGGGGGAUGAGUACAGAAAGCACUGCCUGAGGCAAAUUGGAAAAAGGUAUAAUUUCAUUGUCAACGAUGUGCAGCCAGAAGAUGCGGGCUUGUAUCAAGUCAGAGUGGAGAACGUGCCUGUUUUCUCAACUGAACUGGAUGCUGAAUCCAUCCCUGUGAGAUUUAGGCAGCAGCUCAGUGAUGUGCGUUGUCCCGAGGAAGAAGAUGCUGUCUUUGAGUGUACCCUACACACGCCCUGCUACGACGCUGUGUGGCUACACAAAACCCACCUCCUCAAGCCCAGUGAGAAGCACCAGAUCUCCGUAACACCUGAUGGUCUGACCCACCAGCUGAUUAUCAAAAACGUUGUGCCCUCUGACAGCGGCAUGUACACACUCGACACCGGACUCUGCACCUCAAAUGCCUGGCUUAUUGUAGAGCAUGGCAAAGGAAAGAGGAGACAGGAUGAGAGGGGUGUAAGAGAGAAAUCUGAGUGGCUGAAAGAAGCAUUGCUAGAUACAGACAGGGCUAGGAAACUUCGACGCAAAGAAUCUGGUGGUGAAGAAGAUCAUCUGAUGGACACUGGUGUGGAAAAAGAUGGCUGGUACAGAAAAGAUCAAGGUGGCAGUCAAGGCCACUCCACUGAUGUUGAUGGAAGCCAUAAAUUUUUGGGAAAAGAUGGGCUACGCAAAGCCCACAGAAAUGGAAGGAUGGGGUUUGGGCAGUUUUCUGGAGCAGACCUAGAUGGAGACUCAACAACAAAUGAUGGUAGUAGCAUUGGAUUAAAAGGCUUAGGAGGCAAAAGUGGAUUAAGGCCUUUCCAUGGCAAGGAUUCUAUGACAGGCAGAGCAGAUACUGGUGAUGAAUUAGGAGGAACAGGUGAAUGGUAUUCUGUAGAUGGCAGAGCUGAUGGUAUGCUGGAUGCUGUUAACAUUGACAUGGAUGAUGGAGAAGGCGUGGGCUCUCAGCAUGACAAGGAUGGUAAAUUAGGUGAUACUAGUUACAGAGCUGGCUUUGGGGGUGUUGGGAGAUUAGGUGCUACUGAUAGAAGUUCUGUGUUAGACGGACUCAAUCAUGAUUCAACCAGAGUGGGAGAUGGUAAGGGUAGUCUCCUCAGUAGCACUAGUCCAGGGACUGGAGCUGGAAAGGAUGCUACAGGUACAGAGAUUGCAGGAGGACUGAGGUCCCCCUAUGGCAAGGAUGGUCAGCUGGCUGCAGUUGAUAUGAAUGGUGCGAGUAUAAACAGAGAGGGACAAACGGGGACUCCCUAUGGCAAGGAUGGCCAGACACAUAAUGCUAGUGGUCAUUUAGGUCAGGCAGGAAGGCAUGGCUUGCUGUAUGGCCCAGAUGGUCUUCCAGCUGGAGAUGGGACUGUAUCUCGUGCAGGUGGCAGUUCUAUAGGGGAAAUGGAGGCUUUGUAUGGUCCAGAUGGUCGACCAGUUAAAGCAGGUGUUGGUGAUGCUGGAGUAGCUGGUGCAGGGGGAAUUGGGUCUCCUUAUGGAAAGGAUGGUCUCCCAACUGGAGCAGGUGUUGCUGGUGCUCGUGCAGGGGGAGUUGGGUCUCCAUAUGGAAAGGAUGGUCUUCCAGUUGGGGCUGGUCUUGGUGGUGCCGGUAUAAGUGGUGCAGGGGGAAUUGGGUCUCCAUAUGGAAAGGAUGGCCUUCCAGUUGGGGCCGGUCUUGGUGGUGCCGGUAUAGCUGGUGCAGGGGGAAUUGGGUCUGCCUAUGGAAAGGAUGGCCUUCCAGUUGGGGCCGGUCUUGGUGGUGCCGGUAUAGCUGGUGCAGGGGGAAUUGGGUCUGCCUAUGGAAAGGAUGGCCUUCCAGUUGGGGCCGGUCUUGGUGGUGCCGGUAUAGCUGGUGCAGGGGGAAUUGGGUCUGCCUAUGGAAAGGAUGGCCUUCCAGUUGGGGCCGGUCUUGGUGGUGCCGGUAUAGCUGGUGCAGGGGGAAUUGGGUCUGCCUAUGGAAAGGAUGGCCUUCCAGUUGGGGCCGGUCUUGGUGGUGCCGGUAUAGCAGGUGCAGGGGGAAUUGGGUCUGCCUAUGGAAAGGAUGGUCUUCCAGUUGGGGCCGGUCUUGGUGGUGCCGGUAUAGCUGGUUCAGGGGGAAUUGGGUCUCCAUAUGGAAAGGAUGGUCUUCCAGUUGGGGCUGGUCUUGGUGGUGCCGGUAUAGCUGGUGCAGGGGGAAUUGGGUCUCCAUAUGGAAAGGAUGGCCUUCCAGUUGGGGCCGGUCUUGGUGGUGCUGGUGUAGCUGGUGCAGGGGGAUAUGGGUCUCCUUAUGGAAAGGAAAGUCUCCAAGCUGGAGCAGAUGUUGCUGGUGCUCAUGCAGGCGGAGUUGGGUCUCCAUACGGAAAGGAUGGUCUUCCAGUUGGGGCUGGUCUUGGUGGUGCCGGUAUAGCUGGUGCAGGGGGAGUUGGGUCUCCAUAUGGAAAGGAUGGUUUCCCAGUUGGAGCUGGCAUUGUUGGUGCUGGUGUAGCUGGUGCAGUCGGAGUUGGAUCUCCCUAUGGAAAGGAUGGUGUUCUAGCUGGGGCUGGCAUUGGUGGUGCUGGUGUAGCUGGUGCAGGGGGAGCUGGGUCUCCAUAUGGAAAGGAUGGUUUCCCAGUUGGUGCUGGCAUUGGUGGUGGUGGUGUAGCUGGUGCAGGGGGAGUUGGGUCUCCAUAUGGAAAGGAUGGCCUUCCAGCUGGGGCUGGUCUUGAUGGGGCUGAUUUUGGUGGUUUUGGAAGUGUUGGAUCUCCCUAUGGAAAGGAUGGUCUCCCAGUUGAAGCUGGCAUUGGUGGUGCUGGUGUAGCUGGUGCAGGGGCAGCUGGGUAUCCAUAUGGAAAGGACGGUGUUCCAGGAGGAGCAGGCGUUGCUGGGGCUGCAGGUGGUGGCUUUGGAGGUGUUGGAUCUCCCUACGGAAAGGAUGGCCUCCUAGCUGGUGCUGGUGUAGCUGGUGCAGGGGGAGUGGGAUCUCCAUAUGGAAAGGAUGGUCUCCCAGCUGGUGCAGGUGUAGCUGGUGCAGGGGGAGUGGGAUCUCCAUAUGGAAAGGAUGGUCUCCCAGCUGGUGCAGGUGUAGCUGGUGCAGGGGCAGCUGGGUAUCCAUAUGGAAAGGACGGUGUUCCAGGAGGAGCAGGCGUUGCUGGGGCUGCAGGUGGUGGCUUUGGAGGUGUUGGAUCUCCCUACGGAAAGGAUGGCCUCCCAGCUGGUGCAGGUGUAGCUGGUGCAGGGGGAGUGGGAUCUCCAUAUGGAAAGGAUGGUCUCCCAGCUGGUGCAGGUGUAGCUGGUGCAGGGGGAGUGGGAUCUCCAUAUGGAAAGGAUGGUCUCCCAGCUGGUGCAGGUGUAGCUGGUGCAGGGGGAGUUGGGUCUCCAUAUGGUAAGGAUGGUCUUCCAGCUGGGGCUGGCAUUGGUGGUGCUGGUAUAGCUGGUGCAGGUGGAGUUGGGUCUCCAUAUGGUAAGGAUGGUGUUCCAGCUGGAGCAAGUGUUGGUGGUGCUGGUACAGCUGGUCUAAGGGGAGUUGGGUCUCCAUAUGGAAAGGAUGGCCUUCCAGCUGGGGCUGGUCUUGAUGGGGCUGAUUUUGGUGGCUUUGGAAGUGUUGAAUCUCCAUAUGGAAAGGGUGGUGUCCCAGUUGGAGCUGGCAUGGGUGGUGCUGGUGUAGCUGGUGCAGGGGGAGCUGGGUCUCCUUAUGGAAAGGACGGUGUUCCAGGAGGAGCAGGCGUUGCUGGGGCUGCAAGUGGUGGCUUUGGAGGUGUUGGAUCUCCCUACGGAAAGGAUGGUCUCCCAGCUGGGGUUGGGAUCAGUGGUGCUGGCGUAGCUGGUGCAGGGGGAGUGGGAUCUCCAUAUGGAAAGGAUGGUCUCCCAGCUGGUGCAGGUGUAGCUGGUGCAGGGGGAGUGGGAUCUCCAUAUGGAAAGGAUGGUCUCCCAGCUGGGGCUGGCAUUGGUGGUGCUGGUAUAGCUGGUGCAGGUGGAGUUGGGUCUCCAUAUGGAAAGGAUGGUGUUCCAGUUGGAGCAAGUGUUGGUGGUGCUGGUGUAGCUGGUGCAGGGGGAGCUGGGUCUCCAUAUGGAAAGGAUGGUGUUCCAGUUGGAGCAAGUGUUGGUGGUGCUGGUGUAGCUGGUGCAGGGGGAGCUGGGUCUCCAUAUGGAAAGGAUGGUCUUCCAGUUGGAGCUGGCAUCAGUGGUGCUGGCGUAACGGGUGCAGGAAGAGUGGGAUAUCCAUAUGGAAAAGAUGGUGUUCCAGCUGAAGCAGGUGUAGCUGGUGCAGUUGGAGUUGGAUCUCCAUAUGGAAAGGAUGGUCUUCCAGCUGGGGCUGGCAUUGCUGGGGCUGGUGUAGCUGGUGUAAGCGGAGUGGGAUCUCCCUACGGAAAGGAUGGUCUCCCAGCUGAAGCAGGUGUAGCUGGUGGAGGUGGAGUUGGGUCUCCAUAUGGAAAGGAUGGUCUCCCAGUUGGAGCUGAUAUUGGUGGUGCUGGUGUACCUGGUGCAGGGGGAGCUGGGUCUCCAUAUGGAAAGGAUGGUCUUCCAGUUGGAGCUGGCAUUGGUGGUGCUGGCGUAAUGGGUGCAGGGGGAGUUGGAUCUCCAUAUGGAAAAGAUGGUCUCCCAGCUGAAGCAGGAGCUAGUGGUACUGGUGUAGCUGGUUUUGGAGGUGUUAGAUCUUUGUAUGGAAAGGAUGGUGUUCCAGCUGGAGCAGGUAUUGGUGUUGCUGGUGCUGGUGCAGGGGUAGUUGGAUCUCCAUUUGGAAAGGAUGGUCUUCCAGCUGGAGCUGGCAUUGGUGGUGCUGGUGCAGGUGGUGUUGGAUCUCCCUAUGGAAAGGAUGGUCACCCAAUUGGAGCAGAUGUUGCUGGUGCAGGUGGAGUUGGAUCUCCAUAUGGUAAGGAUGGUCUCCCAGCUGGAGUAGGUGUUGAUGGUGGUGGUGUUUCUGGUGCAGGGGGAAUUGUGACUCUCUACGGAAAGGACGGUCUUCUAUCUGGGGCUGGGGCUGGUGGUGCUUGUGCAGGGGGAGUUGGGUCUUCUUAUGGAAGAGAUGGUCUUCCAGUGGGAAUGGGAACUGGGGCUAGUACUGGUGUAACUGAUUUUGCUGGUUUUGGGUCUCCAUAUGGAAAAGAUGGUCUCCCAGCUGGGGCUGGGGCUGGUGUAGGUGGUACAAGGGGUUCUUUCUAUGGAAAGGAUGGUCUCCCAGCUGGGGCUAUGUCAGGAGCUGCUCGUUUUCCUUUUGGCAGUGACAAAGUAAUGGGAUCUCCCCAUGGCAGGGAUGCUAUGCUGCUCAGAGCUCAGGGAUAUAGAGAUGGGGCAGGAGGAGAUGGCUUUUCCUCAGAAGGUGCUGGUGUUGGUCGCUUUGCAAGUGCUGGGUCUCCCUAUGGCAAAGACAGUGGGUCAGGUGGGGGCAGGGCUGGUGUGGCUGGUGGUGGCAGGUUGGGAAGUGAUGAAAGGGAGUUACCUUCAGUCCAUGGUAAAGAAGGUGUGGUAGGUGCUGUUGGACGAGGUGGUGAAUAUGGGCUGGAUUCACGUCCUGGGAAAUCUACAGGAGGUGAAACUGGAAAGGGCACUGCCAGAGACUUCAGAGCAUCAGGGAACAAAGGCUCAUCUCAUGACAGAGAUUCACUUUCAGGUCAAGGAGAUGCCAGGGGUGAGGGCAGAGAUUUAGGACAGUUAGGCUCCCUUCAUGGCAAAAAAUCUGCCUUUGGAGAGUCAGGGAGUAAAUCCCAUAACAGGUCUGUUGAUGGGAGGAAUUCAGGUGGUUUUGGUCAAGGGUCAUUGGAUUAUGGUCAGAUGUCAGAUCUUUAUGGUGGACUUCCUUCAAUAAACCAGAGAAAAGAGGAACCUGGCCUUGAUAUUAAAGCAAAUGAUUUCUUGAAGAAUACGGAAAGUAUGGGAAAAAGAAGAUGUUAUUCCCUAGAUGAUCUGAAAGUGCCACGCUGUCAUCUCAACAAACAGUUACUUGAUGUCAGAGUCCUGAAAGGGGAACCAGCUGAGCUGUCUUGCACUGUCAGUAAAGUUGAUGUGACAGGAACCUGGUUUAAAGAUGGAUUAAAGUUAAAAAGCAUGGAUGGAGUCUGUUUUGAAAAGGACGGUCUAGUACAUAAACUGAUUAUUAACAAAGUGGAAGAUAUUCAUGCUGGGAAAUACAGGUUUGAAGGUGGAGAUAUAAAAACUGAAGCUUCACUUUUUGUUGAAGAUCCUCCACAGGUUGACAAAGUUCUCCUCAAAAACUUAACAAGUGUUCCUACUGUGGCCAAGGCAGGGCAGCAAGUAAAGAUCAAGAUCCCUUUUGAGGGCCGUCUGCCAGUCAGAGCAACAUGGCUGAAGGACAGAAUGGAGCUGGUAGAUGACACAAGGAUUCGUGUUGAUAAAACAGAGACCUUUACCAUGCUGUCCAUCUCCAACAGUGAGAGAAAGGACUGUGGGGAUUACAAAGUCAGGCUGAAGAAUGACAGUGGGGCCCUGGACAUCAACUUAAAGCUUGUGGUAAUAGACAAGCCACAGCCACCUGCAGGACCCAUCAAAAUUGUAGGAAGCUCUGCAAAUGACAUCACCAUUCAGUGGAAGCCCCCAAAGGAUGAUGGGGGCAAACCACUGCAAAGCUACAUUGUUGAGAGACAGCAGGUAGGCAAGAACGACUGGGUGACUUUGGGAGAAACCCCCAGGAGCUGUACUACCUUCACUACUAACAAAGUGGAACAAGACAUGAGCUACUACUUCAGGGUGAGAGCUGUGAAUGCCGAGGGAACUAGUGACGCGCUGGAAUCAGAGGAAGUGAAGGCUGUCAAUAAAGAUUCACCUGGUGCCCCAGAUCCCCCUGAGAUUGUCAGUGCCAGCAGAGACACCAUCACAAUAUCCUGGAAAGCACCUCGUAAAACUGGCAGUUCCCGAAUUGUGGGAUACUUUGUUCAAAAACGCAAGAAGGGUACCAUGACCUGGCUGCCGGUCAACAAUGUGCCUAUAGCAGACAAGAAGCUGAAAAUGACCAAUCUCAAGAAAGGUCUGCAGUAUGAAUUUCGUGUGGCAGCUGUCAAUGCUGCUGGCACAGGAGAUGCCAGUGAACCGUCACAGCCUGUCUUUGCACGGGAUUCCAUGAAACCUCCAGGUCAAGUGCAGGACCUUAAAGUGAGCAGCAGUGACAGCACUAGUGUCACCUUGACAUGGAGGAGACCUGAAGCAAAAGAUGGGGGUGAUGUGAAAGGCUAUGAGGUGGAGAUGCGGUCUUCUGACAAACUCAACUGGACCAAAUGCAAUACUCUUCCCAUAGAGGCGACCACUUACACAGUUAGAGGCCUCCAAGCCAAGGAGAUGUACUUCCUACGCGUCAGAGCCAUCAAUGACAGUGGCCCUGGGGAAGCCACAGAGAUUGACGCUUGCAUGGAAGCUGCUCGCCCUGUAGUUUUUCCCAGGUUACUAAUAGAUGACACGGUGAAAAGUUUCCUGGUUAUAAGAGCAGGAAAUACCAUCCGAGUGAAUAUUCCCUUUGAAGCGUCUCCAGAUCCAGUGGUGACUUGGUUAAAGGAUGGGCUUCCUCUUCCAAACCGGGCUACAGUAAACACCAAGGAUGGUACCAUCCAGCUGCUGAUUGGAGCAGCUGAGUUCACUGACAGCGGCAUCUACACUGUUGAGCUCCAGAACGGGUUAGGGAAAAGAGAAACAUUCAGCUUCCAAGUUCAAGUUACAGACAUCCCACAGUCGCCGGGACCUGUUCAGUUGGAAGAGAAUGUGCCAAAUACAGUGACGGUAACCUGGGAGCCAUCAGCAUCUGAGAAAUGGGAAAAUAAUCUCUACUACACAGUCCUGAAGCGUGAAUCACAGAAGGGCUUGUGGCACAUGGUGGGUGACCUGAUCUACACCAACAAGUUCACGUACACCAAACUGAUCCCAGGCCGGGAUUACUACUUUAGGGUUGUGGCAAAAAAUAGCUUGGGAGCCAGUGGUCCAUCUGACACCUUGAAGCCUUGGAGAAUUCGAAAACAAAAGGCUGAAUCUCAAGUCAAACCACAGAAAUACAAGGGAGUUAACCAAAACCAGCCCCCAAGAUUCCUCGUCGCGUUGAAGCCUCAUGUGGUGACUACUGGGAGUGAGUGCCGUAUGAGCUGCGCGGUCGGAGGCCAUCCCGCUCCAAAGAUCACGUGGUACAAGGACAGCAGAGACCUCUCCAAUGAUCCGAACUAUUUUUGUACAAACAACUUUGGGGUCUGCUCCCUGGUUGUCCUAGGUGUCACAAAACAGGAUGAAGGAGAAUAUAUGGUAGAAGCCACCAAUGAAUUGGGCCGUGCGUUCAGCAAAGCCUUCCUCACUAUUAAAGACUCCACCUUGUAGCACAACCGUCCUGAGAACAUCUCUGCACUACUACGCCAACGAGGUUUUCACUGAGAACUGACUCUAUACGAAGGCUACAUAUUUAUUUUCAGAUGUGCGUUAUAGUCUGAGUGUUUUAUUUUUCAGAUCCAGUAGUUGCAUUUUGAACAUGAUGCUGCAUUGUAGUCAAAUGGGGAAAGAAGCUUUAAGAGAAUUGUAUCUUUUUGUAAUGAUCAUGGCUUUCCACAUGGCUUUAAAGCACAGAUGAGAAGCUUCAGGAACACAGAAGAUGAGAGGAAAAAUAAUUAGCCAAAAUGAAACUUUCCAUGGAGAACACAGGCGUGAGAGAUCAUUCUGCCACACCACUCUCCUGCUGUCAGGCUGCGACAAGAAUAUCUCUUGACACCAGAGAUCUGUGAAGCUGAGAUCUAUGAGGCCUUUUAGCAUGUGGUUUUCUAAUCCGAAGCAAUCAUUUUAGAUUCCAUGUAAUUCUCAGCAGGUUUCCUAAUUCUGGUAGAAGCAGUUUUGCAUGUAUUCCACUACCAGUAGCAGCUAAGUAUAUUAUUUUCCCUAACCUCUAGGCUGAAAAGAGUAUCUGCUUGCUAGUUUUAUCUGGGCAAGAGAUAAAUUCUCAGACUAGGCUAACAUGGGGUAGUGCUACUCACAGUGAAAAUGUGUUGGCGGGAAUUAAUGGAAAUCUAGAACCAGUUGUAUUAGUGUGAGCGGAUGAGUGCUGUACUUAAGAAACCUACUAUAGCAAGUGCCGUAAAAAAGGAUGUAUCAGUCCUAAACUACCACGUUAGUAUCACCUUCGAAACAUAAGUGCCUCAUGGCAUUGCUAGAAUGUUUUUGCCUAAUGCAAAUAAGAAGUUAAAAAUCUUUCAUGUUUGACCAGAAAGAUGAGGUACCACCAGAGAUCCUCUGUCGUGGCUGGGGGAUGCCAUCACUGAGCGGAGGAGACGGGAGAGCAAAAACGUUAGGGUGACUGUACGAACGUAUAGCGUUGUAGCCUUACCACCGAAGGAACCUUGAUGACAGCAUCUAGAGGACAGGAGGGUCUAGAUCAAAGACACAAAGCCACUGAAUCCUCAGACAGCCAGUCAAACAUUUAUGUGGGGCUGAAAUGUUCUUUCUGAUUAUAUCUUGUACAAUGUUGUACAGACAUAGUAACAGCAGAUUAUGGCAUUAAAACAUAAUUCAGUAAAA